AUGGUGCAACGCUGGGCUUGGAGAUUGCCAAGGCAACUGGCAUCAUUCCGGCGGAGCCUUUGCACUGAGGAGUCGCAGGAAGCUUGGCAUCACCUGCUGCCCCCUGGCGCUUCGUUCCAGAUUUUGCGGCACGAGACAGAUGGGCGAGGAGGUGGAAGCUUGCUUUUCCAGGCGGGAGAUCCCCGGCGGCCUGGUAGGCUGAUGCGGGCAGAGACGGUGAUCAUCCCGAGGCAUGUGCGCCCAUGGGAGCAGAAGUGCGUAGAUGCCGAUUUGGAGGCUAAGAGGGGAGCUGCAGUUUGCGUCUCUUCUCAAGCAGGCUGUCCUCUCGAUUGCGCAUUCUGUGAUACCGGCCGCGUCAAGCCAGCCGCCAACCUUCCUGGAUGGGCCAUUGCAGCGCAAGUGGCUGCUGCGAGGCGCUUGUACCCAGUGCAGCGCGUGGUUUUCAUGGGCAUGGGUGAGCCGCUGUUGAACUACACGGAGGUCUCACGGGCCAUCCAGGUCUUGCAGCAGGAGUCACAACUCAGCCGGCCGUGGGCUAUCACCGUCAGCACUGUGGGGGUGGCGCCAAAGAUCCGCAGUCUAGCGGUCGACCACCCAAAGGUGGCGCUGGCCGUGUCACUGCAUGCGUCCUCCCAAGAUUUGCGCCUGAAGCUGCUGCCCAGCGCCGCGAGGCGUUGGGCAUUGGACGAGGUCAUGGAGUCCGUGAGGCACCAUGAGGAGGCAGUACACCGCGUCCCAAUGUUUGCGUACACCUUGCUGCCUGGAGUCAAUGACUCAGAGGCGCAGGCCUCGGAGCUGGUGCAGCUCAUGCUGCAAGGGCGUCCGCCCGGCUCACCACGGCCCUUCGUAAAUUUGGUGCCGUACAACGCUACGAUGGCCGGUGAUUCUGCUGGUUUUGCAGUGCCCAGCAGCAAGCAAUUGAGAGACUUCCGUUCUCUGCUGCGGGCAAGAGGCCUUCGCACCACCGUGAGGUGGAGCACGACCGAGGGCCGAGUCUUGGGGGCUGCCUGCGGGCAGCUAGCGGCGCGUGAGCGCCCUUCUGCGAAGGAGGAUUCUGAAUGCCCACCUGUGCAGCCUCCCGGAGAGGCUUUGUUGACCUGGCAGAUGUACCGCGCCACAGCACCAGACUUGCUGGAUAUGCUUUGCGAGAAUGGGUCGCGGCUCAAUGCGAUUCACAUCAGCGCAGCCUUCGUUACGCUGGCCAGGUCAACCAAGCCAGCCAAAUGGCAGCAGAGCGAAGGUUUCCAGGCGUUGCUGAGGCGCACGCAGGAAGUCCCCGACUUGAGUGCGCAGUGCUGCGCAAAUGUCAUAUGGUCUUUGGCCAAGCUGGCCUACAAACCAGGCAGCACACUGCUCGUGCCGCUGUUCGCAGCUGCAGAGAGGGAGGUUGGGCAUUUCUGGCCGCGGAACCUAGCCAAUGUCUUGUGGGCAUGCGCACGGCUCCGCUGUGGCUCCGGAGGGCCCAGCAGUGGCUUCCUUCGUCCGGCAGUGCAACAGCUUGCGGCCGUAGCACCACAGCUGACGCCUGUGGAACUUGCCAACAGCCUGUGGGCAAUGGCACGCAUGCGCCUUCCUCGAAACGAGAGGGUGCUGGGCAUGCUUGCUGCUGCUGCAGAGCCACAACUGUCGCGGUGGAAGCCGCAGGACAUUGCCAACGCGCUUUGGGCAUUCGCAGAGUUUGACUACCAGCCACCUGGUGGGCUGGUGGAAGCGUUGGCCUGUGCGCCUCAGGAAAGCCUUGAGCGCUUCAAACCGGACGAACUUGCAAUGAGCCUCCGUUCCAUUGCGCGGCUAUCAGCGAGCCCCGACGCAACAUCACCCCUUUGGCGACAAGCUGCUGGACAUUUGAGCCAAAAUGCGAAGGAGCUUCGCCCUGAGCGUGUGGCGGAUGCUGUGCAAGCAUUUGCAGAGUUUCCGGUUGGCACUGAGGAAAGUGCGUGCUGCCCACCAUGCGCAGGCACGAGACAAAGGGCUGGGACCUGGCAUGGCGGAAGAUGA